AUGAGACAAGCGUCUGCGGGAGAACGACGGCGGCUGAAACCCAGGCGGAAGCGUUCAACAACCUCCGUGCCUUGCCGGAAACCAUUGAGCGAAAGGGAGACUGCAGAGUUGUUCCUGUCGGAUGUUGCUGCCGCGGGAACGGAUGGAGUGGGGCCGAGCAGCUCUGUGGAUCAGAGAACAUUACCCGCAGAUGCGCGGAAGAAGGUAAAGAAGGCCCCUGUCACUGUGACGAAGCGUGGAAAGGAGAAAAAAGGAGCAAAGUUGAAUGUAAAGGUGGCUCUGGAAGAGGUCGUCGCUGCGUCUGGACCCGGUGGCAUAACUCUGCCCCUUGAGGAAGGUGAGGAUGAUCCCUCUGUUUCAGUGGAGGUGCUGCAGCAAACCGCAGCUUUUCUUGCUGCCCUUACACCCAGCCGAUCGCACCGCUUUUGGGCGUGCCGGCGGGUGGCCCGUGGGGAGGCAGAAGGGGAGGUGGAUGCUGCAUUGGAGGUAUCCUCAACGGAUAGUGACAUCACUGACGGAGGGACGGAUGACAGCAAUGAGGAGGAGAGUAACGAUUUGGAGGACGCACGUGAUUCUGGUGAUUGCAAAGAGUGCCCCACGGGCUCCAUGGCGGGGAGGGUGACUGUGUCAAAGCAUGCGACUAAAAAACCUAAUGAGGAAGCGAAGGUGACGAAUAAGAAUGACGGCGGGUUGCUUUUCAAAAGCAACCCCGAUAUCUGGGAUGACUGA